AUGGUCAAUCAAGCCGACAACGAUGCGCUUGAGGCGCAGUUUGAGUCCCAGUUCCAAAAGCCCGGUGAUCUUGUCGAGCGUGAUGAGGACACAGGUGCGAUGUCAAUAGAAUCGCUUUGCAUGAACUGCCAUGAGCAAGGUGUUACGCGCUUGCUUUUGCUCCGAGUCCCUUACUUCAGAGACAUCAUCCUGGAGAGCUUCGAAUGUGAACACUGCUACUUCAAGAACAACUCGAUCAAAUCUGCCGGCCAGAUUCAGGAGCGUGGAACAGUUUACGCUUUAAGGGUCGAGAAUGAGGAGGAUCUUCAGCGCCAAGUCAUCCGCAGUGAUGUUUCAGGCUUCAAACUUACUACUAAGCUCGGCAACGAGAUUGAAGUUCCCAAGGGAACCGGCCAGCUGACUAAUGUGGAAGGCAUGGUUCAACUCAUCCAUGAAAGUUUGGCAGGAGAGCAAGAUCUCCGUAAGGAGCAAGCUCCUGAACUUUACGCUUCCCUUGUGCCUAUCAUCGAUAGUCUCGAGAAGAUCAUGAAACGUGACGACGCUGCUUUCCCCUUCACCAUCUCCCUCGAUGAUCUUACUGGAAACUCAUGGAUUGCGCCUAACAGCGCUGACCGUGGCAACAAGUACACACGCCGUGAAUACCCGCGUACCCACGAACAGAACGAAGAGUUGGGAAUUUCCGCAGACGCAGACGCUGUCAAGCAAGAGGAGACAUCCCAGGUUGAUGCUGGCGACCCAGAAGACCUCGAUAUCGUUGAUGGCCAGGUAUACAGCAUUCCUGCUGAGUGUCCCGGUUGCACUAAGCAAGCCGAGGUGAACAUUAAGAAAGUCAACAUUCCUUACUUCAAGGAAGUUCUGCUGUUUGGCACGAACUGUGGACACUGCGGCUACAAAUCUUCUGCAAUUAAGACCGGUGGCGAGGUACCCGAGAAGGGCAAGCGCAUCACCCUCCAGGUGAAUAACGAGGUUGAUCUCUCGCGUGAUAUUCUCAAGAGUGACACAGCAGGACUUUUCAGUCCCGAACUUGACCUGGAUGUUCAGCCAGGAACACUCGGUGGGCGUUUCACUACAGUUGAAGGAUUGCUAGUUGAGAUCAGGGAUCAGCUGAAGGGUGCCAUUUUCGAUGUUGACGACUCCACACACUCUGGAGGCGACAGCAUGGUAUCUUCCGACAAGGAUAAGUGGCAAAGGUUCUUCAGUCGUCUCGACCAGGCUAUCAGCGGCGAACUCAAGUUCGCUAUCACGCUGCAAGACCCGAUGGCCUCCUCCUACGUCCAAGAUCUUUGCAGCCCAGCUAUCGACCACCAGAUCACUACCGAGGAAUACACCCGCUCUGCCGAAGAAGAAGAUGAUCUCGGUCUCACCGACAUGAAGACCGAGGGUUACGAGCAGGACGAGGCCAAGGUUGAUGCCACUCCGAAGGAGUAA